CGUGUCUCCCGGGCGGCGGAGCGGAGAGAGGCAGCUCGGGGCGAUCGGCGCGGAGCGCAGCGCUGAGCCACCGCCGGCCCCUGUCCCCGCCGCCAGGCACGGGCAGAGCCCUGGGCUGAAAAGACAUGACAGCUGAAAAGACUAUUCCUAUAAUUAAUGGCAAGCCAGAAGAUGCUUUGGACCCGGAAGCCUCAAGCACCAACCUUGUCCACAGCAACGAUAAGAAAGUUCAUGAAAGAGGUCACUGGAACAAUAAAGUUGAAUUUGUGCUUUCUGUGGCAGGGGAGAUUAUUGGGUUGGGAAACGUAUGGAGAUUCCCAUAUCUUUGCUACAAGAACGGAGGAGGAGCUUUCCUCAUCCCGUAUGUGGUUUUUUUCAUUUGCUGUGGAAUACCAGUAUUUUUCCUGGAGACGGCCUUGGGACAGUUCACUAGUGAAGGAGGCAUUACAUGCUGGAGGAAAGUUUGCCCUCUGUUUGAAGGCAUUGGCUAUGCUACCCAAGUGAUAGAGGCACACCUAAAUGUAUAUUACAUCAUUAUUUUAGCAUGGGCUAUCUUCUAUUUGUUUAACUGCUUUACUACAGAACUUCCCUGGGCUACCUGUGGGCAUGAGUGGAAUACAGAAAACUGUGUGGAAUUUCAGAAACUUAACAUGAGCAACUGCAGUCAAGUCUCUUUACAAAAUGCCACUUCUCCAGUGAUGGAAUUCUGGGAACGAAGGGUGUUGGCAAUUUCUGAUGGAAUUGAACACAUCGGGAAUCUGCGCUGGGAACUCGCCCUGUGCCUCCUCGCUGCUUGGACUAUCUGCUAUUUUUGCAUUUGGAAAGGGACAAAGUCUACUGGAAAGGUUGUAUAUGUCACAGCCACCUUCCCCUACAUCAUGCUGAUGAUUCUCCUGAUCCGUGGAGUAACGUUACCAGGUGCUUCCGAGGGGAUAAAAUUCUACUUGUACCCCGACAUUUCUCGGCUCUCUGACCCACAGGUGUGGGUGGAUGCUGGCACACAGAUAUUUUUCUCUUAUGCCAUUUGCUUGGGGUGCCUGACAGCCCUGGGAAGCUACAAUAACUACAACAACAACUGCUACAGAGACUGCAUCAUGCUCUGCUGCUUGAACAGUGGCACAAGUUUUGUUGCUGGUUUUGCUAUCUUUUCAGUUCUUGGAUUUAUGGCUUAUGAACAAGGCGUGCCCAUUGCAGAAGUUGCAGAGUCAGGACCAGGACUUGCAUUUAUAGCUUACCCUAAAGCUGUUACUAUGAUGCCUCUGUCUCCACUGUGGGCAGCUCUGUUCUUCAUGAUGCUCAUAUUCCUUGGAUUAGAUAGUCAGUUCGUGUGCGUGGAAAGCAUCGUGACAGCUGUGGUGGACAUGUACCCAAAGGUGUUUCGAAGGGGCUACAGGAGAGAACUGCUCAUCCUUGGCCUCUCCAUUGUCUCAUAUUUCCUUGGCCUAAUAAUGUUAACUGAGGGUGGGAUGUAUGUCUUUCAGCUGUUUGACUCCUAUGCAGCCAGUGGCAUGUGCCUUCUCUUUGUUGCCAUAUUUGAAUGUGUCUGCAUAGGCUGGGUGUAUGGCAGCAAUCGCUUUUAUGAGAACAUUGAAGAUAUGAUUGGGUACAAACCCCUGUCAUUGAUUAAAUGGUGCUGGAUGGUCCUAACUCCAGGUAUUUGUGCAGGAAUCUUCAUCUUUUUCCUGGUGAAAUACAAGCCUCUGAAAUACAACAAUGUGUAUAUAUACCCUGACUGGGGCUAUGGCAUAGGGUGGAUGAUGGCACUCUCUUCCAUGGUCUGUAUCCCUUUGUGGAUCUGCAUUAAGCUGUGGAAGACAGAAGGCACUGUCAUGGAGAAAUUCAGGAAGUUGGUUACGCCCAGCUCAGACCUGAAAAUGCGGGGGAAGCUUGGAGGAGGAGCCUACAUUGCAGCAAUAAAUGACUGCGACGCCAAACUGAAAGGAGACGGCACCAUUUCAACCAUCACAGAAAAGGAGACACAUUUCUAAAAGAACUAUCUUUUUUUUUCUUUUUUUUUUGGGUUGUUUUAUUUUUUUUGUAUAAAUAAAUAAAUAAAUUCACUUAAUUAUAGAGGCUGGCUUGUUUUGCACAAAAUUUUAUUAACCAGUUAAUUUUAAAGUGAAAAUUGUAUACUUGUUUAAAAGUGAUUUUUUUGAAAUUAUAAGUAAUGAUUAUGUAAAAGAAAAAGAAAUAGUGUUAUAUGGUCUGUUAGUGAUGACUCCUUGUAAUAUGGUGAUUUCAGUAAAUGUUCUUUUUUAGAAGUUAGAGGGACCUGUAUAAUGUGCUGUAAAACUUUUCUACUUUGAUUUCUGGCAGGUGUUAAUGUUGUAUAGAUCUCUGCCUUCUAACCUGUAAGCAUUUCAGACCAUUUCAGCUUUUCGUGUAUGUAUAUAAAGGGAACCAGACUGUCCUGUUAUUUGUUCCAGAAGAAAUGAUGAGGGGAUGGGGCUGACUUGUGGCUGCUGUUGCAUCUCUGUGUCUGUGUGUGGGCAGGACUCAGCUCCCAGCUGAGGGCAGUGGCUUUGUCCCCUGUGAUCCAGCCCCUGCCCAGGCUAAUCCUGAGUCCUGCCCAUAACAAGGCUCUUCUUUAGGGUAAGUUUUGUGACCCUGACAGCACCUCAGCUGUUCCUGUCGCCUUCCCUCCACCUCCCAUUGGCUUCAACAGGUCAAAAAUGUGUGGCCCAUUUCUGAGUCACUGUUUUUCUAGAGAUUGGAUAGAGUUUAUUUCUGAAGGGCUCUGAAUUUUGCUGCUCUCGUAGGCCAGUGGUCUCUAAGAGGAUGUGCACUACUUCAGGAAACACCCCAAACUUUUUAAUUUUAUUUAAUAUCUGUGUGGCCAGUACUUCAUUUUUGGCUGGCAUUUACCAUCCCCUGGAGUGAAAUGUGUUUGUUGGAGGUCAAGGUUGCUUUAUAGACUUGGAGAUGUUCUGAGGAAAAAAAGAGCAUGUUUAGAGGUCCAUAUAUUGUGGCCUCUGUCUCUCACUUUAUCUACUUUUCUACCCAUUCCCCUCAACAGAAAUCAAGGAUCCUGCAGUGGCAAAGAGUAGCACUACAUAGGUUUUCUCAUGGCACAUGGUGGGAUAGUUUGGGUGUCCUGUGCAGGGUCAGGAUUUGGACUUGUUCUCUUCCAACUCAGGAUAUUCUGUGUUUUCUCUUCAAGGUACUUUCUAGAUACCCUCAGAUUAGGCACUUAUUCUUCUCCCCUGAACAGUAUUGAGGCUUGCACUGAAUUCAGAGUAGGAGUCUGUCUGGUGGAAGGUUGGAGUGGUGGUUCUUUUACCUCUAACAAGAUUUCCAAGAGGUCAUUUAUAUAGGGUGCAGCUGAAGGAAUUAAGACAGGAAUGUUGUGACUCCUCUGUGUCACAAAGUGAGCACUAUUGGAUUUGUCAUAUCAGGCCUUUUAUUCCAUCAGUUGUCUGAAUUGACUCCCUCUGAUUUAAAACUGAUUUUGUAUGUGAAUCUAAUGCCGGGUGGUUGUUCCAUGAGGUGUGCAGAUGCCCCAGUGUCAAAAUCUCUAGACCUUAUUUUGUGUUGGCUUUUUUUUUCUGACAAUAUUCCAAACACCAUUAUUUGUUCUUGCCAAUUCUUCUUGUGCUGUUUUUGUUAUUUAAUGGUUUUAUGAGAAACCUGUGGAGGAACAGUGUCCUACACUGCACAGUAUUUGGGGGGGAGAGGCAAGCAACAGCCUAAGACAGCCAUGAAGAAAUGUCAUAAAAUCUGCUGCAUUUCUGCAACUCAAAACCACCAAAGCUCAGACACUAAUACCUGGAGUUGUUAGAACCAGAAGUGGCUUCUCCCAAGGGAACAUUUCCCUAGAAGUCAUAAAGUGUACCUAAAUAUUGAAUGGAUAGAACUGUACCUGCAAAUCAGCAUUUCUUUGAGACCUUGCUGAUAUCUCUUAAAAAAGAAUUUUCAUAAACUUGCUUUGUCUCACGUCACAUCAUUAAAUCUAAUAGAUCUAUUUCAUUUUACUUUAUCUUAUUUGUAGGGGGUUUUCGUGUGGCAAGGUGGGAGUCCAAGGGAGAACUUCUCUACCACAAUUCUGCUUCAAGUACUGUAAGUCCUGCUUGCCUUUGCACAUCUCCAUUGUGAGAAGCUUAGGAUAGGACAUUUGGAAGGAACCUGCCUUUAGGCAGGCACAGACCUACAAUCUUGUGCCUUCUGGCCUCCCUCAGAGGGAGUCUGCAGCUUGUCAUCCAGAGCUAGAGGGUACCACUGAAAAUCACAGUCCCAUGGGAAAAUAAUCCUGGAAAAGAAAUGCUCCUAGAACUGAAACCACAGAUGAGAUCCAUACAAUGAAAGAAAUGAAAGCUACAUAUGGUAGCAUUGAGAAAAUGCUCAUUUCAAAACCUAGAAAUCUAUGUUUUUAGAAGUCCUAAUGAGUCACAAAUAUUUUUGAUUCAGUGUCCCUUCCUGGUUUUUCUCUCCACCCAUCAGAGUUGCAGAACAAUGGCCCCAAAGCCACAUAUGGGCCUGGGGGUGGAUCGUGUUCUCUCUCAGAGCAAAUGUGAAGAUAUUUUCUUACUGUUGAAGAAUGUGCAAAUACAGAUGCAACUUAGGUUAUGCUUGGCCCUGGUCUCUGUGGUAUUCUCUUCAGCAAUCAGGACUCAUCAGGAACCUUUCCAGCCCCAUGUGCCAAGAGGUGCAGCCCCAACCACUCCCCUGGCCACCCACGGACACAAAGGGAACCCCCACACAAGUCAGGGUUGCUCUUUGAGUCAGGACAGAGAAACUUGGCUCGUGCACUGUAGCUUGUCUGUGUUCUCUGAAGUGCUGUACUCAUCCCAAAAUCUCCACUGGAACUAUAUGUACUUUGUCUGGAACGUGCUUCCUCUUCUGCUGCUAUGAACCAUUUCACCCAUGGCUUUAUACACAUACAGAUGGCUCGCUGUGGUCUAAAGCAUUUCACAGUGUUACUGAUGUGCUGUGCUUGUACAUGUGUGUGCUUAAUACCUGACCUGUUUAACACUUUACUGAUUUUUAAAAAAAAAAAUAAAAAAAUAUUUUUCUUUUGCGGGGAGGGACGUGGGAGGGCAAAUUUCCUAAUAGGAUUUGUGUUUUGUUUGGUUUUUUUUUUUUUUUUUUGAAACAAUAUGAGGGGGAGAGGGGGAAAUGCAAAAAGCCCGGAUAUAUUGUUAUGGGGUUUUUUAUGCAGUAGAAACAAUACUGCCCUUUUCUGAAAUAUCUGCAGUAUUAUUAAAAAUAAUAAAAAUGAACAACCACUAAGUUUCAUGUAA